CGUACGUGGUGUUGUUGUUCAAUCGAUCUGCUAUUAUUGAUCGGAAUUUCGAUCCGUGUGCGAUAUAAACAUACAUCACUGUGUUGUUAAUAAGUUCGCGGAAGUAAUUCAAGUGAUUAUUUUUGUAUAUUCUUCUCGCGUCGUUCGCGUCGCGUCGGUCGGAAGUCGAAGCGUUGCGUCGCCAUCUUUACUGACGCUAUGUUGGCUUCGAAAGUUCGCGAAUUUACAGUCGCGUUUCGCGUCGUUUCGCGCUGAAAUAAUCAAUUACUAAUUGUUUCGUUUACAAUUUCGUAACAUAAAUAAAUGUCGAAAUAGUGUUGCGAAGUAUUUGGAAAGAGCACAACACCACGAAGAGUCACGAUCGACCGCGAUCCACUGUGUCCUUGCAAUUAGGUAUGUUUUCUUUGCGGUGUAUCGCCGAACGGAGCUCCAACGCGUACGCCGUGUUUAUUAUUCAAUCUAAUUUGUUCGUUUGAUCGAAAUUUUUAUUCACACGCGAUACGAAAUACGUCAUCGUGAUCUCGCGGAAAAGUGAUGUGAUUAAUUUUUUGUAAUACAUGUUCAUCGUUCGCGUCGCGUCAGUUUCUAUCGACACCAUUUUGUGUUUCGGGAGUGUUAGAAUGUUUACAUCUCGCGAGUGAAAUGUUUCUGACAUUAAAGUGAAAGACAACAUUGAAAUAUAAACUUUGUAUCGGAACUGUAGAAAUAACAUCGCGCAGUGUAGCUAUCAAGUCAAAAGAUGCAUUUACAACAAUACAUAUGUAUCAUAUACGAGGAACACAUCUUCAAACGUACAAGUAGAUCAUCAAAUGGGAAGUGGCGUGGAAAUGGAGUUGAGAACAGAGAUAAAGCAGCUCCUCGGAUCUCGGCGUUGCUCGAUUCCCUCGUCGCGCGCCAAUUUGCAGUGAACGAAAUCGCGUGAGAUUCGAACUUUUUUUUUAUCGCGAAGUCAGAGGUCAAGAUGCCGCUGAGUGAUGCCCUGAAAUUGACGUGUGAUUACUCGAUUAUGACCGUCCAUCGCGAGAUGAUCUCAGGUUUUUCGUUUGUUUUGGUAAAAUCACGCGCGUCGCGAGUGUCGAACGCGUGAGGUCGUGACGAAAAACAAAAUUGUGAAUGUGUUGAAUACCGCGAUGAAAGAGACAGUCGCUUUUCCGACGCCAAACUCGAGUGUCUUGGAUGGAGUGAGGUAAUUCGAUAAACGGAGGAGAGACGGUGUUCCAGGUUGAAAUACAAUGACGAUGCAACAACAACGCACCCGACUUGAAAUCGUAUAGAAGCGAUCAUCGUGCUGCUCUUUCGUGUUAUCGGCGACUGUGGUGCGGAUGCUGAGGUCACCACAGACGGAGUCUUCGAGCGUUGGUGCGAGCUGCCUGCAGGGGGUCAGAAUGGAAAUAGUGCCCGAGGUGGUGCAGCGUGGGCAGGGAGUGAUUCUGCGGUGCUAUUAUGACCUGGAAAACGCGCCACUCUAUUCUCUCAAGUGGUACAGAGGAAAGCACGAGUUCUACCGAUACUCGCCCGGCGACGACCCGCAGAUCAAAGUCUUCAACGUGAAAUUGAUUCACGUCGACAGAGCAAAGUCGAACACGAGCCAGGUAACGCUCUAUGAUGUAGACUUCUACCUCGCGGGAACGUUCAGCUGCGAAGUUACGGCGGACGCGCCGACCUUCUCUACACUUGCCGAUUCGAAGAAUCUCACCGUUGUGUCUCUGCCCAGCGGAAGGCCCGUUAUUGCAGCGGAACGCAAUCGCUACGUCGCGGGAGACACGCUGAGGGCAAAUUGCAGCCUGCCGUCGUCGAAGCCGCCGGCUCAUCUCACAUUCAUGUUAAACAACAUGCCGGUGGAACCCACCGCGAGAAAUCAGGAGACGAAGGAUGACGAGGGGACGCAAUGGAGCGAAAUCGGUCUCACCCUUCAGCCUUUCCAUUACGUAAACGGCUAUUUGAACCUACGUUGCAUCGCGCAGAUACCUGGUAUCUACUUGGCGAAUAGCGAGCUCCAGCUCGGUUCCAGUAUGCGUGAGCCUGUGCCCGAAAGAGUAACCUCGGAGGGCAACAGCGGAAGCGGCACGCUCAGGAUGACGUUUGUGACAAUACUCUGCCUGGGCACGCUCCAUCUGCUUCUGAGAUAGUCGCAUCACGCCUGAGACCACGAGAGGAGGACUCACGGGCGUCGCAUGAUAAAUAGCAUACUAGUCAUCAGGAGGAAGGUCUGGCGCAGGAGACGAUGGAAGGGGACGACUCUAAGGACCGCGUAUGGACAGCGCAGAAACAAAUAACAUUAUUAAAAUCGAAAUACGAAACUGCUCGAGUGUCUCUCAUUUUCUCUCGUCUCUGAGUGCGUUUGAGUUAUUCACGCGCGUGAAUUGUCUCUCGAAACAGGAUGGAGGGAUUGUGAAUUCUCCAACCAAUAACCGGCGGAUUUGUAAUCAAACAAAAGAAGGAGAAAAUCAAAAAGACGCGCGACGUGUCUCUUCGACACUUGAUACCGCGAGGUCGUCGUCGAUUGUUAUCGCGUUGUAUAUUUUAUUGAAUCUUUUUUUUUUUUUUUUUGUCUCGUGAGAGCUCGCGCUAUUUUUUUUUUUUUGUCGAGACGCGUUUGUGUCUCGAUUUGCGUGUCAUUGUUUGCGUUCGCGCCGGUAAUGCGAAGACAAAUGAGGGUGGACGGGGGAAGCGCGCGCGCGGUCAAGGGUUAACGAGUAUCUCGAACCAACGUCGGGCGAGAAGAGAAGAGGAAUAUCGUAAGCGCGCCGGGAAGUACCUGCAAGGGUCGUUUCGUAGCGGAUCGAGCGGCGUAAAAGAGGACAUAAAGCGGGAACCCCGGGUUCCAUUACUCUACCUUAGUAAAUCGGCACCGACGCUGAAGAUAGCACGCGCGCGCGUGCGCACGACCCAAUUCUGACCUGUUAUAUAUGUGAUACCGUAUUUUAUCAAAGAUCGCGCGCUCCUAACGCUGAAUAGACACUCGUAUUGUCAUCCCGCGGUUUGCGCGAAAAUGUCCGCCCGAAGAUAGAGCUCGCGGGGGUGGGACGAAAGCGGAUUAAAGUGAAUUUGCUCUCGCCGUGAGAGAGAUCAGGCGAGGUCUUUGAAAAAUGAGUUUCGGAUAAGCGCGCGAGGACGACUUCUUCCUUUAAAAAAAAAAAAACAAGCGCGUUAUACAGGAGCAUUAGCACACUGUGUUACGCAACAUCUCUCGGAUGAUGUCGACGAAAGCGUUUUUUCCGCCGUUCUUCUCCGCGAAUAAAAGGAGACGCCUGUAAUUGGCGAGAGAAAUAACAAUGAGUUCUCUUGUAUUUUUUUUUUUUUUUUUUUUUUAAUCUUGAUUGUUUUUCAUGACAAAACAGAUUUUGCUUCUUCGAUAAUAUCGUCUGAUUUAACGGAGAGCGCGUUUAAAGCGCGCGAGAACGGAAGCGAAAGUAAUUUGUCGCUCCGCGUUUUAGUGGCACGUUAAAUGUAAAAUCGAGAUAAUAAUAAUAAUAAAAAAAAAACUCAGAAAAUAAAAUUGUAACAACUUAUUAAAAUGUUUUUUUAUAUCCUCUAGCAUCGGGUACGCGUUUCUUGUUGUCGCGGAGCUUUUUCACAGAGUGACAAAGUGACUGUACAACAAAAUGCUGUUCGCAGGCAAUAUACAUAUGUAUGGCACGUUAAAGCCGAGGCAACAGUGAGACCGGCGGAAGAGCAAAAAGAGAGCGGCGCGAACCGCUUUUGCUUUCGUUUAUCGACGGAAAUUCCGCGAAACAUGCGAAUAAAGAUAUUAGUUUUUGUCAAAAAAAAGAAAAAAAAACAGAUUGUGUUGCAACAGCGAACGCCGCGCGCCACGGAAACGCAUCAAUAAAAAUGUAUUUACCCCGUUUACGGAAACGUACGAAUCCCUCUCUCUUUCUCUCUCUCUCACAGCUGAUAGUAAAAUUUAUAUUUCCCCGUUAUUCUUCCGUUUUGCAAUAUGCGCGCCGCGAAAUUAUACAAAUAUUAUAAUAUAUCGCGUAUACAAAUUGUAAAUCGAGCCUAUGUAUAUAUACAUUGCGGUUAUGAAUAUAUAUCACAAGACGCGAGAUGAGAAAAGACGGUAACGCGAAUAACAAGGCAAAAGAUUAUUCAUGAGAAACAUAGGAUGUAUGCUCUUCCGCUCUUUUUCCAUCCUUAUUUCCGUUCGGGGCAUUCGAUUUCUUCUCUAUUCUAUACGUUAUUACAUGUUAACGGCUGUUAGUAUAUACGCGGUUUGGUUCAAGCCAAACGCACGUCUCCCAAUAAAAAUCGCGAGUCCCAUCCCAAGGGAAGUCGGUCGACGACAGAUCGGACUUUUACGCGCGAGCGCGAAAACAUCGAUACGGCUUCUCUCGUCACUUGAAUGACGAAACGUUUUCUCAAACGUUUCUUCUUUCUUACGUUUUCAUCGUUCGCGCGGGGCUGCGCACACGGGGAACGCGAGCGGGAAGCGCGUUAUUGA